UUUCCAUAGUAGUCUAGCUUUAAUAGUCUAAUGAAUUCAACUGUUAAUUCAUUGCCAUCUCCACAAAAACCUCCAGUCUGCUAAUAAUAGUCUUGAAAGACAUAUGUAAUUGACAUAUAUAAUAUUCCUAUCAAUGUUAAUAAAUGGAUGAUUACGUGAGGGUUACUAUGAAUCUUUAUUGAAUAAAAAACUAAAUAUAUCGUCAUUAAUAAACAUUAAAAUAUAAAAUAUCACCAUAGAUACCUAUUGGUAUUACGUAAUGUCAUUCAAGAUAGUAACAAUACAGAAUGUGAUUGUAAAAAUAACAAACAAAAAAAUACGUUUAUCAUUAUAUAUCUAUCAACUAAUCAAUAAGAUGGUCUCCAAUUAUGAUCGAUUUUCUAACUGUACAGCUCCAACCUUAAAUAAAUCAAAUUAUACAUCACAUUCUAGUCAAUUGAAUUUAUAUGUAGAUAAUGCACCAGUUACUCCUUGGGUACGUGGAGAAGUUAUUCAUGAGGGAAUGAUACCCAUUGAUAAGGGUUAUAUACCAAAAAACGUAUUUGGUCGACGUUAUUAUGGUAAUAAUAAUAAUAAUAUGAAAUUUUAUAAUCCUGGAACUGUUCAUGGCGAUAGUCGUACUGUUAAUGAAGGUGCUGAUAAUCAUUAUCAGUAUUAUAAUCGUAAACGUGGUCGACCCUACAAUCGACAUUAUUAUCAUGAUGGUCAACGUGGUUAUUACAAUAAUAACAAUAAUCAUAAUAAUCAUAGAUCCAAAUAUCCAUUUACUUGUUCACCUUCUGUAUAUCCACUUUCACGUAGUCAAUCUACUUACAAUAUUGGUUACAAUACUACUUAUAAUACUACUGAUAAUAAUAAUGGAAGGAGUCAUCGUUAUUCUAAUUGUGGUUAUUUAUUGAAUAAUGAACAACCUACAGAUGAAUAUAUUGAUGAUUGUUUAUUAACAGAUAUUGAACAAUAUCAAUUAAAGUUAGAUAUAAAUGAUAAUCAAAAAAUUAAUCAAUUAAACAAUAUUGAUAAAGUUAAAACAACAACAAUAAUAACGUCAUCGCCGCCGCCGACGUCGUCUUCUUCGACGUCAUCGUCAUCGUCACCAUCAACAGAUUCUGAUUUUGUAUCGAAUGAUAUUAGUCAACUAUCAUCAUUAUCAUUAUCAACAUCAGCAUCAACAUCCUCAUCGACAUCAUCAUCAUCAUCAUCAUCGACGAAUCAAUCUUAUCAAAUCACUGAUAGUCAUUUCUAUAAUGAAUUUAAACAAUUACAAUAUAAAAGUAAAAGUUCAUUAAAUUUAUCAACUUCAUCUACUAUUGUAUAUAAUAUAAAUAACAAAGAUGAAGAUGAUAAUCAUGAGGAUUAUACUGAUGUCAACGAUGAUAUUCAGGAUACUGAAGAAAAUUCAAUGAAGUCCAUGGAAUAUAAUAAUAAUCAGGAAGAUGGUAAAUCUGGAAAUAUAAAUGACUAUCUUACACUUGUUUGGGAUGAUCUUCCUGAAACAUUGGAAUAA